AUGAAGUGGCUACCUCUCACUCUAGCGCUCGUCGCGCCUUCUCAGGCUGCACUUCGAUUCGGAUGCUCGACCGUGAGCAUCCAACGUCUGGAUCCCCUCGUCGAGCCUGGCAAGGUUCCAUCGGCCCAUCUUCACCAGAUUGUUGGUGGAAAUGCCUUCAACGCUAGUAUGGGAGACGACAUCGGGGAUAGGGGAACUUGUACGACGUGCACUUUCUCCGAAGACUUCUCUAAUUAUUGGACUGCCGUCAUGUUCUUCAAACACCCUAACGGCACAUACAAACGCGUUCCUAUUAUGCAGAACACCGCGUUGCCUGACGGUAUCAACGGAGGAAUGACAAUUUACUACACGCAGCAGGACUUCUAUUCCAACGGCAACCAGAAGAUCACAGCCUUCAAGCCGGGUUUCCGUAUGACCGUGGGCACUCCUACCGCGACUUCAAAGUACGGACCUGGUCUUAAAUUCGUCUGUCUCCAAAACAAGGGAACCAGAUUUCCCGAGCUCGAUGACUUCCCCACAAAGCCUUGUGCGGGUGGUAUCAUGACAGUCCACCACUUCCCCGCCUGCUGGGAUGGCAAGAACCUGGACAGCCCGGAUCACCAAUCCCACAUGUAUAACACCGUGAAGGAUGCCUUCCAAAACUCUGGACCUUGCCCCAGCAGUCACCCGAUCCGAGUACCCCAGGUAGCUUAUGAGACCUUAUGGGAUACGACUCAGUUCAAUAACAUGUGGCCUAGCGACGGUUCUCAGCCUUUCACGCUGAGCUAUGGCGACAACGAGGGAUACGGUACUCACGCGGACUACGUGUUCGGCUGGAAGGGCGACGCGCUCCAGCGCGCCAUGGAUUCGUCUUGCAUGUUCCAAGCUUGCGAGAAUGGUAGACCUUUGGCUUCCCAGAGCGUGCAGCAGAUGAAUGCAUGCAAGGUCAAGAGUACUGUCAACGAAGACAUUGACGGAUGUAAGUCAUCUCGUGUGAGCCUCUCGUCCGAAGGCAUUUUGGCUAACGCUAUUCCCCGUAGGGCUCACCUCUCUCCCCGGCAGGAGCUAUCCCCCUAA